AUGGUGCACGUAACAAAGGGAGAUUUCAUUUGGGUUGAACCCCCAAAGGGAACCGGCUCGGUGCCAAUCGGCGCUCGAGUCAUCGACUCCGAUCAUGGAAAGCUCAAAGUUGUUGACGAUUAUGGAAAGGAGGAAUGGCUUUCAUCGGAUCGUCGAGUGAAAUUGAUGCAUCCGACUUCAGUGCAAGGGGUGGAGGAUAUGACUCAGCUUGGGGAUCUCCAUGAAGCGGCCAUUCUUCGAAAUAUCUCAAUCAGAUAUAGAGAAAAGUUGAUCUAUACUUAUACUGGCUCGAUUCUGAUUGCUGUGAAUCCCUACAUGGACAUUCCUUUAUACACUCCGGAGCAGGUCCGUCUCUAUCGACAUCGUAAAAUUGGUGAACUUCCACCGCAUAUUUUCGCCGUUGCUGAUAAUGCCUAUACAAAUAUGAGAAAUUCAUCGAAGAAUCAAAGUGUUGUGAUCAGUGGAGAAUCAGGCGCUGGCAAGACGGAAAGUACUAAACUGGUGCUUCAAUUCUUGGCUACAAUUUCUGGCCAACAUUCAUGGAUCGAGCAACAGGUUCUUGAAGCCAAUCCAAUCCUCGAGGCUUUCGGUAAUGCGAAAACGAUUCGAAACGAUAAUUCGUCACGGUUUGGCAAAUACAUCGAUGUGCAUUUCAACAGUAUUGGAGCUAUUGAAGGUGCUCGAAUUGAGCAAUAUUUAUUGGAGAAGUCAAGAAUUGUGGCUCAAUCACCGGGAGAGAGAAAUUAUCAUGUUUUUUAUUGUCUUCUAGCUGGAUUGAGUCUCGAGGAGAAGCAAAGCUUUGAGCUGACUCAGGCUUCCGAUUAUUUCUAUCUGACACAGGGAAAAACAUUGGUAGCCGAUGGUCGAGACGAUGCUGCGGACUUUGCUGACAUUCGUUCAGCAAUGAAAGUAUUAAUGUUUAAAGAUCCUGAAGUGAACUCAAUCUUCCGGAUUUUAUCUGCUCUUUUGCAUACGGGAAAUGUUCGAUAUCGAUCUACAACUGUUCACAAUAUGGAGGCGGUUGAAGUGGCAAAUAUGGAUGUGCUGAAACGAGUGGCUCGAUUGUUGAACUUUGAUGAGAAAGUUUUCUUCGAUGCUCUAACGACAAGAACGAUUGUGACAAGAGAGGAACGCGUAAUCUCAACCUUGUCUCCCCAACAAGCUGUUGAUACUCGCGAUGCUUUAGUGAAAGGAAUCUACGGUCGAAUCUUUGUCUACAUUGUUCAAAAGAUCAACGAUGCUAUUUACAAACCUCGAUCUGAAGCUCAUCGUCGAAUCUCCAUUGGAAUUCUUGAUAUUUUCGGUUUUGAGAACUUUGAUACAAAUAGUUUUGAGCAAUUGUGUAUCAAUUAUGCAAACGAACAUUUGCAACAGUUUUUCGUACAUCAUAUCUUCAAAAUGGAACAGAAAGAGUACGAUUUGGAGAAAAUCAAUUGGCGUCACAUUCAAUUCGUCGACAAUCAGGAAACUCUUGAUUUAAUUGCUCAACGACCAAUGAAUAUUAUGAGUCUCAUCGAUGAAGAAAGCAUUUUUCCAAAGGGAACUGAUGACACAAUGUUGCAAAAAUUGCACACAAAUCACAACAAGAACGAUGGACUCUAUUUGAAACCAAAAUCCGAUCUAGAGAAAGCAUUUGGUGUCACCCAUUUUGCCGGCGCUGUCUACUAUUCAACAAAAGGUUUCCUCGAGAAAAAUCGAGACACCUUUUCGGCUGAUCUCCACGGUUUGAUCGCCACAUCGAAAAUGAGUUUCUUGAUGCGACUUUUUGACGAAGGAGAAUAUAUGGAGGGUGGAAAUAAGAGAAAAGGAGCCACAGUUGGCGGACAGUUCAAGAAAUCGUUGGAAACUCUGAUGGGUGCUCUUCAACAAACCGAACCUUUCUUCAUUCGAUGCAUCAAACCUAAUGAGUUCAAGAAGCCGAUGUACUUGGAUCGAAUUUUGGUGAUUCGUCAACUCCGAUACUCGGGAAUGAUGGAAACAAUCAAGAUUCGAAAAGCCGGUUAUCCGGUUAGGCACGGUUAUCAGCAAUUUGUGGAUCGUUACCGAGUGCUUGUUAAUGGAAUUCCUCCUUCUCAUCGUGUUGAUUGUUUUUCGGCGGCAAAAAAGAUUUGUCUUCGCAUUCUUGGCGCAAAAGCUGAUUUUCAACUUGGAAAAACGAAAAUUUUCUUGAAAGAUGCACAAGAUCUCUUCCUAGAACAAGAAUAUUUUCGAAUGAUCAAUGAAAGAGCGACUGUGAUUCAAAAAGCGGUGAAGGGAUGGGUGGCAAGGAAAAGAUUUAUCCGGCAGAGACAAGCUGCUGUCCUCAUUCAGAAAACGUGGAGAGGUUUCGAGCAAAGGAAAAGAUAUAAACAGAUUAUCGCUGGAAUCACUCGCCUUCAAGCUUGGCUUCGAGCAAAACGUUUGGAAGAGCACUAUCAGAAUCUUCGAGCAACGAUCAUUCGCUUCCAAGCACAUUGUCGCGGUGCACUUGUGCGAAACGAAGUUCGAGCGAUGCGAGCACAAGGAAAACGUAAACCGGCAAUGAUGGCACCAAUUGAGUCUUCAGAAUCAGAAAUGAAUGUUCAAGCGGCUGAGACGGAGAUUGUGACAAAUCUGUUCGAUUUCUUGCCGACAGAUGGAGAAAAUGGGGUAUUGAGCGAGUCGAAUACGAUGACAAGAUCAACAAUCUCAACAGCGCCAAGUCCAUCAGUUUCAAUGAUGGAGGAUCUCUUUAACGGAGAAGAUCUAUCGAAAUAUCAAUUUGGAAAGUUUGCCGCCACAUAUUUCCAGGCUCAAGCUACAUCAAUCCACGUCAAGCGUCCUAUCAAAUUCCCUCUUCUCAGUCAUGAUGAUCCAAGUACACAACUGGCUGCAAUGGCUGUUUGGAUGACAAUGCUACGAUUUAUGGGCGAUCUUCCUGAUAUAAAGCUUGGCUCGACAAGCAAUGAUUAUAAUUAUGAUAAAACUCCGGUGAUGACAAAACUCUACACGACUUUAGGAAGAAAAUUCAGCAGAAGAGAUGUCGAAGAAGCGAGUUUAGCGAGUGAAUACGAUCAGUAUGCGACAAACAAGAUUAGAAGUCGAAAUGUCGGGAAGAAGUUGAUUUCGAUGACGUUGAAGAAGAAAAGUAAACUGAUUGGUCUGGAUUCGAAUGCAUCCGAAAAAUCGAACGACUCAACGACUUCAAGCAAUCAUUUCAACGCUCUUCUCGACAAUAAACCGAUGAGCAGUCUCGAUAAACUGCAUUACAUCAUUGGUUUAGGGAUUUUAAGAGAGGAAAUAAGAGACGAGAUUUACUGUCAACUUUGCAAGCAACUCUCAAACAAUCCAUCAAAAUUAAGUCAAGCACGUGGCUGGAUUUUGAUGAGUCUUUGUGUCGGAUGCUUUGCGCCAAGUGAACGAUUCCUGAAAUACUUAUUCUGUUUCAUUCGGGAGCAAGGACCAGGAAAUUCCGGAUAUGCUGCUUAUAUUGAGCAAAGAUUGAGAAGAACACAAAAGAAUGGAACAAGACAUCAACCGCCGAGCUAUGUCGAGUUACAGGCAAACAAAUCGAAAAAAGACAUCGUUUUGGCGAUCACAUUCAUGGAUGGAAGUGUGAAGAGUGUUCAUGCCGAUUCAGCUACAACUGCUGCUGAGUUGUGCGAGGUUCUUGCAGAGAAAGUUCAUUUGAAAGAUCGUUUCGGCUUCAGUCUAUACAUUGCUUUAUUCGAUAAGGUUUCCUCUCUUGGCUCUGGCUGUGAUCAUGUUCUUGACGCUGUUUCACAAUGUGAACAAUAUGCGAAAGAGCAAGGGAAUCAAGAAAGAAACGCUCCUUGGAGACUCUUCUUCAGAAAAGAGAUCUUCUCCCCAUGGUAUAAUCCGAAAGAAGAUCCAGUUGCUACAAAUUUAAUCUAUCAACAAGUGGUUCGAGGAGUGAAAUUUGGAGAAUAUCGAUGUGAAAAAGAUGAAGAUUACGCUGUUCUAGCUGCUCAGAAUUACAUUGUUGAUGAAGGGGCAUUGGAUGUGGAGAAGUUAAGGAAAGCACUGACUGGUUAUUUACCAGACUUUGUGCUCAAUGGAAAGGACAAGAAUGAGCAGUUUUGGCUACAAAUGGUGAUGAACUCGCAUCGAAAGAAAUUUGGAGUCUCUCCUCAAUCCUCUAUUCAAUCGGUAAAAGAGGAUGUGGUCGGCUUUGCGAAAUUCAAAUGGCCUUUACUGUUCUCUCGUUUUUAUGAAGCAAAACAAUUAGCCGGUCCUCCACUUGAGAAUAAAGAAGUGAUCAUCGCAGUCAAUUACACUGGAAUCUAUGUGGUUGAUGAUAAAGAACAGGUCUUACAAGAGUUCUCUUUCCCUGAAGUGGCACACUCGCUUUUCAACAAGGGGAAACGAUCUGGCACUGACACAUUUACAAUUCGAACUGUUACUGGAGAUGAUUUUAUCUUUCAAUCUCCAAAUUCCGAAGAUGUCGCUGAAUUAGUGGAAUAUUUCUUAAUGGGAUUGAAAGAAAGAAGCAAGUUCUUGAUCGCCACUCAAACGCAAAAAGGAAGUGUUCCCAACAACUCGCUCGAGUUCGAUCAAGGUGAUUUAUUGAUUUUGACGAGUGGAGCCAAUGGAGCGACUCUGAAGGAACAACAGGUAAUUCUGGCGGAAAACGCUCGCACCGGUCUCCAAGGUUAUAUUCGAGCUGAUCAAUGCUAUGUUUUACCAACAAUGAAUAAACCAGCAAAUACCGUUAUGGAACUUUUCCCUAAAACAAUGGAUUUCUCGUUGAUGGAAUCGAACUCAGAGCGUCAAGUCUCGAUCAUUUCAGGCAGCGAUUUGCCUCAUACUCUUGAGAAAUUUGCUCAAGAGAAUUUCAAAUUAACAACACCAAAUAAACGAUCAACGUUGACAUUGAGACGAAAUGUGAAUUCAGGAGAGAUUUGGCGAUUUUCAAGAGAUCCUAUCAGAGAGCCAUUAUUAAGAAAACUUGAUGGAAAAAAAGAGCCAUCAAUCGAAGCGAUGAACUCCUAUAUAGCGAUUAUGAAAUACAUGGGUGAUUAUCAAACUCAUCGAAGUCGACUGGGCACUGACAUCACCGAUCAGAUCUUUAGAGCUCCACUUAAAUAUGAAGUUCUUCGUGAUGAAUGCUAUUGUCAAAUCAUGAAACAACUCACUCUUAAUCCUUCUCUUUUGAGCGAAGAAAGAGGAUGGGAAUUGUUGUGGCUUCUUACAGGCCUUUUCCCUCCAUCACAGCAUCUUCACAAAGAAGUUCUGCACUUUUUAAAGUCUCGAAUGAAUCCAAUCUCGAACGAAUGCUAUCAUCGCGUUCAUAAAAUGCUCAAAGCUGGCGCAAGAAAAUAUCCACCCUAUUCGGUUGAAGUUGAGGCCAUUCAAAACAAGACCGUUCAGAUUCUGCACAAGGUUUAUUUCCCCGAUCACACAAACGAAGGCAUCGAACUUGACUCUUCAACAAAGGCCAAAGAUUUCUGUCAACGAAUAGGGAAACAUUUGAAGUUAAAGGACAUUGAUGGAUUCUCUCUAUUCUUAAGAACUGAUGAGAAAAUUUUAUCCGUUCCUGAAGAUCAAUUCUUUUUCGAUUUCAUUCGACAAUUGUCUGAUUGGGCACAAGAGAAUUAUGCUACAAAGGAUCGACCCUAUGUCCCACUUAACUAUCAAGUUUAUUUCAUGCGAAAGUUAUGGUUGAAUGUGAAGAUUGGUGAUGAUGAGGAAGCUGAUUUGAUCUUUCAUUAUCAUCAGGAGCUUCCAAAGUACUUAAGUGGUUAUCACAAAAUCUCGAAGCAAGAAGCGAUUGAGAUUGGAGCGUUGAUUCUUCGAGCAAGAACAAGGCAAGAUCAACCAGCCCCAAUUCCACAGCUUCAUUUAAUAAUGUCUGAGAUUGUACCUCAAGAUUUAAUCAAGGCUUACAAUGGAAAUGAUUGGAAAAAGCACAUCAAAUCUUUCUACACUGGAUCAAUUGAGUCUAUGUCAUGCGAUUCUGCCAAAAUAGCUUUCCUAGAGAAGAUCAGAGAUUGGCCAACAUUUGGAUCGACUUUCUUUCUGGUAAAACAAACAGCCGAUCAAACUCUUCCCACUCAACUUCUUGUCGCAAUCAAUAGAAAUGGAGUCUCUCUAUAUCAUCCUGAAACAAAGGAUCAAAUUGCUAACUACCCAUUUACGCAGAUUGGCAAUUGGACAAUCGGCAAUACGUACAUUAACAUUACCGUUGGAAAUCUGAUCAGAGGAUCGUCGCCAAGGCUCACGUUUGAGACUGAAUAUGGCUACAAAAUGGACGAUCUGCUCAAAUCAUAUAUCUCGGUGCUCAUCUCCGCACAAACCAAAAACCCAAAACUGACCUCGAAUGGAAAUGCUAUUAUG